AUGCUGUCGAACAACGCACCCAACCCGCCUGAGGGAGGCGCGGUGUCGUACACUCCUUCUCCGGUGCCUCUGACGAGCACAGAGGAGAGCCAACGUGCGGAAGCGCAAUGUGCGCCGCGCAACAAGCGGGCAGAAGAUGUUGUGGUGGAAGCCGCCAGCAACGAUAACAAUGACACGCAUCAUCACAACAACGGUGACGGCGCGUCGCACGCAGAAAUGGACACCAUCGUGACUGUUUCCCCCGACACCGCGGACCCCUUCGAUGUGCGCAAUCGCAGCCGACAGCGCCGCCGCACAAUGGGAGAGGUCUACCCGAUCAUGAAGAACACGAUCUACUCCGAUGACGAGUGCGAGGAGGAAAUCGCGCUGACUGCCUGGGACUGCGGUGCGCUCUUUAUUCGCUACAUCAACGGCAUCUUCCAGUACUUUGUGCGCAACCCAAAAGUGAUGGGACUCCUCUUCACCACCGCAAUUAUUCUUCUCUUCUUCAAGUACUCGCAGCAGCAAGUCGUCAAGGUGGUCAACGCGGCGGUGAAGGCGCACCCCGGUCUGGAGCCGACCGACACACUCCGCAGCGCCGUCGUCUCCUUCACGGAGGAGCUGCGUGCGCUGGAGCGGGUGGCGCAGACGGUGGGGUGGUCAUACAACCGGGACGGCGUGCUCGGCUACGACAUCCACACCGCCGUGAACACCACUUUUUUCGCCCUCGUCAACAGCUUUCAGUCCACCUUCACGUCGAACACGCGAACCUACGUCGUGUACGCGUUGCCCAGCGCGACGUCGUCGCCGCUGACGGCGCACUGGGGCCAGAUUGGGUGCGCCACGGAGAGCAAAAGGAACCCCAUGUGCUACUACGUCACCGCGGGCAGCGUGGCGAGUGAGUGGGUCGUGUCAUCCGGCGACUCGGGCACGACCCCCGACGACGGGGGCAACGAAACCGCCGCGGGCGUUUACGUGGAGCAGCGCAUGCCGGAGUUGCUGAACGUGGUGUCGACGGCGAAGAAAGGCAGCGCGCUGGCAGCGACCGGGGUGUGGACCCGCCCGUCCAUGACGCAGCGCAUCUUCUCCGACGUGCGGGUGCGCACCAUCAGCUACCUACUCCCGAUCGCUUUCAGCACGGCGGGCUACCCCACCGCCCUCGCCGGUGUGGACGUGAGUGUGGAGCAGCUGAUGGACACGGUGAACGGCGCCGCCACACCGAACAUGGAGCUCGUCGUCGUCGACAACCGCUACAACACCAGCGAAGGUGGACAGUUUGUCUACGACUCCUUUAACGAGACCCUCUUCUGGGCAACGCCGUACGGAGUGCGCAACACGCCGGUUCCGCGCGUCAACGCCUUGGCGGAGCCGGUCUUCCGCAACAAUGGUAUCACGCUUGCCACCAACGCGUCGUUUUAUCAGAACGGCCUCAUCUACCAGUCACUGACCAUGAUGGAUCACUGGACCCUCAUCGCAAGCUCGCCGCUGGCGCUGUCCGUGGCGGAGGUGGUGGCCUCGCUUGGCUCGAUCGUGAAGGAGAGUCAGAGCGUUGCCAAGACAGCGGCAAGCCUCUACCGAAACUGCGAAGCGGCUGCAAACACCAAGUCGGAUAGCAUGUCUGUGGAGGCUUUUGCGCAGAUUGAGCACGCCUUCGGUACGCAACUCCAUUCCCUCUACAUGUCUUACGCCCUCAAUGGUGCAAGCCCGCAAGGUAGCAGUAGCAGUAGCAGCACCAGGAACAGCAGCAGUAGCAGGAGCAGGAGCAGUAGCAGUGCAUCAACGAAAGAAUCUUCUUCGCUGGGGUCCACCACGUCUUCAUCUACCUCCUCCACCACUGCAGAACCGACAACAACAACAACGACGACGCCCACACCUGCGGACUCCUCUGGGAUCGUUCAGUCAGACUCGGUGUUGGUAAAACAGGUUAUUUCGUCGCACGCGCGUCGUGCCAGCACGUUGGCUGCAAGCGCAGCCGACAGCAACACCACCUCUUCCUCUUCGUCUUCCUCGGCAGCGGCGGCGGUACGCAAGUGGGGUGUGUGCGGCUGCACCUUUUCUUCCUCUUCCUCGAGCGACACUACCUGUUUCUACACCGACUCGAACCAGCUGGAAACGAUCUUCAACGGUCCCGUGUUGUCCGAGUCGCCGGCCAACGAAACAAAGACGCAGGACUUCACGACGUCGCGGCGCAGCAGCUUCACGAAACACAACAUCGACGGCACCAACGUCACGGCGGGCUUUUGGACGGUGCCGUACGUCAGCAACGACACCGUCACCGGUGAGGUCUUUUUGGCUGUCAGCUACGUCUACCCCAGCACGCACAACAGCAGAGGACUCGUGUCUCGUGCGGUUAUCCUCGACACCACCGCGACGUGGAUGAUGCAGUCGCUGAAGGUGAACCAGCACGCCGGGACCGCGGCGCUCUACUUGAUUGACCGCCGUAACGCCGGCAUCUUCCUCGCCUCCAGCACCCACUCCUCCGCCGUGAGGGAGGUGUACCCGGCGCUGAGCACGCCCUAUAGCGACUUCAACAAGAUUUCGGCAGCGGUGUACACUAUGGCAGGCAACUCGUGGGAGAGGUCGCUGUCCUUUCAUAUGGACGGGACGCUCGUGAACUACCAGGUGGUGCUGGGGCAGUGGGGCGUAAUCGAGGUGAUGCCGGGCGAGACGGCGCUGCAGCGCUACCUGCCGACGCCCGUGGUGGAGGGUGCCACCGAUGCGAUCCGCCUCCUGCCGCUGAGCCAGACGGUGGAACUGUUUCUCUACGUGAGUGGCAUCUUGCUUCUCUACUUUCUAAACCUCCUCAUUCUCGGGUGCAGCAAGCUCGGCAAGAAGUAG